AUGUGGCCGAACAGCCUUGGAGGUACUUCCGGCUGCAGCGGGGGCGCCGGCGCCGCCGAUCUCGGUGGCCUCGCCGCCUCCACCACCUCGGCCUCCGAACUCUUUGGGCCCGCGGCGUUCGGCGCGUCCGCCGCGGGGCCCUAUGGCGCUCUCAAGACCGGGCCCUACAUGGGUCUAAGCAUGCCGAUCGAUGCGUUACACUCCACUAUCGGUUAUCCCGGUUGUACACCCGCCGGUGAGUCCGUCUACUGCAAUCCAAGAAAGCAACGGCGGGAAAGAACGACAUUCACACGAUCGCAAUUGGAUGUAUUGGAAGGGCUUUUUUCAAGAACAAAAUACCCUGACAUUUUUAUGCGUGAGGAAGUGGCUAUGAAAAUCAAUUUACCGGAAUCGAGAGUGCAGGUAUGGUUUAAAAAUCGGAGAGCCAAAUGUCGACAGCAACAGAAGCAGCAACAGCAGCAACAAGAUAAGGCGCCGAGAUCGAAAAAGCCCUCGGGGAGCCCGGCUAAUAAUCCACCCCCUGGAAAAAGUCCUUCAAUUACAACCCCGCCUACACCCGCCGCCGCGGUACCUGCUACUACGCCCUUGAGUGGCGGUACGGGCGGCUCAGCGGCAAGUUCGCCGGCGCUUUUAAGGGACUCGCCGCAAUAUAAGCCCGCGGGAAACGCUAGUUUGCUGUUAGCAGCUAGCACGACUCCACCGAGCUUAGGUGGCACAGUGUACAGCAGCGGUGGUGGUAGCAGUAGCAUCUGGAGUCCAGCAGUAACGGAAAGCGGUGGUGCAUUUCCGGGUGAUCAUCAAAGAUUAACGUGGACGACAACCCCUUCCCAGCAGCAGUGCUAUCAAAAUUAUUCUUACUAUACCAAUAUGGAUUACCUCUCGCCCGCCUCGCAUCAGUUAAACAUGGAUAAUGGAGGUAGCAGCCUUGAUAAUUCUUGGAGCAAAACGAGAGACGAAGGUACUUCAUCUUGGUUUUACAAUAGCGCCGGAUGGGGCGAUCGUAAGUGAACCUACAAGGAUCGAAGAACGAAGCCUGAGUACAUAUCAUCGACAAUAGUGAAGUUAUACGGCUUGAAUCGAAGUUUAUUGUAACGCGAUGCCAAAUAAAACGAGCAAGUUUUUCUCGUUUUGUCGAUAAAUGUCGAUACAGACUAAACAUAUCUUUAAUAAACUCGGCCAGCAUUCGAACACUGUGGAAUGUACAGGCCGAUCAAGAGUGCCAUACGUAUCUUUCUGCAUUUAUUGAUACAGUAUAGUUUAAAUAUUUUAAAUAAAACGGGAUGUCCUAUACAUAUCUAAUUUUAUUAUCUAUAAGUAGAAUAUUUUCUUUACUAUUAACCCUUCGCGUGCAACGUCUUUUUCGGCACCUGUAACGUGCAACGUCAGGUCACUCAUUUCCGACGCCUAAAAAAUACUUUAAAGUGUUCUAAAAAAAUCUGAAAAAAUUCAUGUUACUUACCUUAUUAACUAUCCUAUUUUAAGGAUCAAUCGCUAUAUUGCCGAUUUUUUCAUUUGUUUAAACAAUAUAUUUAUAUAAACAGACACUUGACAUACAGGACAGUCACUUUCGCCAGGGCACGGGUGACCCGACGUUGCACACGAAGGGUUAAAAUCUUUAGAAAAUUUUCUACAAAAAAUUAUGUUAUUUUGCAGGAAGCAUUAUUAUUUGCAUCCUUACUAUUGCGUUGUUUAGCAUUAAUGUCUACAGGAGAUAGUUUAUAUUUUACAUAAAAAAAUAUAUACAUAUAAGGUAACUCUGGUAUUUACGCCGCGCGGGGACUUACGCCGCAGAAGUCAGAAAAAAUAGAAGGAAUAGAGAUACUUGCUCGCAAUCACACUGUUUUGUGCCUUUAUGCCAUAUUAGUAUUGUGUUGUAAUUUCAGUUCUUCACUGUUAAUAUUAACGAAACCGUCGUGAGUUAAAUCGAUUUCCGUAGUAAGUAGCGCGAUCAUAUAUUACGACCUAUGUAAAAUGAUUACUGUAGAGAAUGUAAAAGGUUUAAUGGUUAUUUCAUGAUACAUAAGUAUAGAGGGAUAGUGUAGAAAAGAUGGAAUACAGCAAAAUACAAGUGCAUAGCUCUUAUAUUCUUUGUAUAGCUUGAUAUCUUAUAUAUCCCUUCUGUUUAAGAUAUACGGCAUUUUAGCAUGCGGGAUUUAUACCAUAGUACAGACGCUCUGUAAAAAUCGAAAUCUCCUAUGUGUUCUUUUCCUUGGGUCGUAUACCAAUAACCUUUAAUGUAUCUAUCGUUCUUCUAUUUUCUUUUAAAAAUUUUUUAGUUUUAUAAUUUGUUUAUCAUUCUUACAUCUUAAUAAACUUCUUACACACAUUUUAUAACGUAAAAUGAUAGUAUUCCGCCAAUAUAGAUUAACAAUAAUAAGAGGUUUUAUUUCGACUCAA